AAUAUCAUGAAGUUGACAACCCUCCUCAUUUGUUCUUGCCUGGCCUGGGCUGGCUUGGGAAAACCACAGUUUCCUGAACAGGAAAAGGACCCUGACUUCUGGAACUCUUGGGCACAACGGACACUGAAAAAUGCACUGACGCUGCAGGACCUCAACAAGAACAUUGCAAAGAAUCUCAUUCUUUUCUUGGGCGAUGGAAUGGGUGUACCCACAGUUACAGCUGCACGAAUACUGAAGGGCCAGCUCAGUGGACAGAAUGGAGAGGAAACACAACUUGAAAUGGAUAAAUUCCCUUAUGUGGCACUCUCCAAGACAUACAAUACCAACGCUCAGGUGCCAGACAGUGCGGGUACAGCCACGGCAUACCUCUGUGGAGUGAAGGCCAAUGAGGGGACAGUCGGGCUCAGUGCGGCAGCUGUAAGGUCACAGUGUAAUACCACUCAGGGAAACGAGGUCACCUCAAUUCUCAAAUGGGCAAAAGAUGCAGGAAAAUCAGUGGGCAUUGUAACAACUACUCGCGUCAACCAUGCUACUCCCAGUGCAGCCUACGCACACUCGGUUGACCGGGACUGGUAUUCAGAUGGAGAGAUGCCUCCUGAGGCAGUGCAGGCUGGUUGCAAGGAUAUUGCCAGGCAGCUCUUUGAGAACAUACCCGAUAUUGAUGUAAUAAUGGGUGGCGGACGGAAGUAUAUGUUCCCUAAAAACGUGUCAGAUGUGGAGUACCCUGGGGAUAAAAAACACAGUGGUACACGCAAAGAUGGCAGGAACUUGGUUCAAGAGUGGACCGACAGAAUGAAAGACAAGAGAGGAUACUAUGUGUGGAACAAAAGGGACCUCCUCAAGCUUAACCCAAAUAACGUUGACUAUCUUUUGGGUAUCUUUGAGCCUGGAGACUUGCCCUAUGACCUAGAGAGAGACCAAGAAUCUGACCCGUCCCUCACAGAGAUGGUGGAAGUGGCCAUUAAGAUUCUCAGAAAGAAUUCAAACGGAUUCUAUCUGCUGGUAGAAGGUGGACGCAUUGACCACGGACACCACGAGGGCAAAGCCAAGCAGGCCCUUCAUGAAGCAGUGGAGAUGGACAGAGCCAUUGGGAGGGCAGGUUUACUCACCAGUAUUCAUGACACACUGACUGUCGUCACUGCUGAUCACUCGCAUGUUUUCAACUUUGGAGGCUACACACCACGGGGAAACACCAUCUUCGGACUGGCUCCAAUGCUGAGUGAUGUUGACAAAAAGCCCUUCACAUCCAUUCUGUAUGGAAAUGGACCUGGGUUCAAGCUGGUUAAUGGCGAAAGGGAAAACGUUUCUACGGUGGAUUAUCGGCAAAACAACUACCAGGCACAGGCAGCAGUGCCCUUGAGCAUGGAGACUCAUGGAGGCGAUGACGUGGCGAUCUUCUCAAAGGGUCCCAUGGCUCAUCUACUGCAUGGGGUCCAAGAACAGAACUACAUCCCCCAUGUCAUGGCCUAUGCUGCCUGCAUCGGCCAGAACAAAGCACACUGCCGUUCCAGCUCCAGCACAGCACCAGCUCUUAGCAGCACUUCCACUGCCAUGGCAACACUCAUCACUCUCAGCUGGUUGUUAUGCUGA